AUGAAGAAACAUUUUAACUAUGAAAUUUCUUUUGAGUAGCUAAAUGGUAGAAUGCCUCCUACAAAUACACCUUGUGAUAAAUAACCAAUCAUACAUUUCGAUUCUAAUGUACAUGUAUUUUGGCCUAGUGAUCAAAAAUUUUAUACAUCAUUAGAAUUGAAAAAUUUCGUCAAAUAAGACUUCUUCAAUCAUCCAUUAGUAUAGCAUUUAAAACCACUGAUACAUCGGAAACCAAUUCAAAAAUAAUAUCUAAUUAGACAGUUUGAAGAUCCAUUAGUAGUAAUGUAUUUAUUUUUACAGUCUUAAGAUGGAAAAGAAAAGAGAAAUACUUAAAAAUUUAUCAUGGUUUGCUAGUAUAAAAAAUAAAUCUAAUGAAUUUGCUAAGACUCUUAAAUUUAGACUAAAUCAAUUAUCAUAAUAAAAUUAUAAUUAGAUCAGCAAAAUUAUUAUAGAACUACUUACAUAAAAAUAGUAAAUAAAUUAUAAUAACAUAUUUAGAAAAGAUGAAAUAAUCACAUUCAUUGAAGAAUUAAUAAAUAUAGCUGCAAAUUAAAAUAAAUUUCGUUAAUUGUAUAGUUAAUUAAUGAAAGAAAUAAUUAAAAAUACAAAUUCUUAUAAAUUAUUAGAUAGUUAUUUAAAUAAUUUUAUUUAUAAUUAAGAAAAUUAUGAAGACUUUCAAAAUUCUUAUAAUAAAGAUGACGAAAUUGUAGUAUUGACUAAAAGAAAAUAAAAUUUUAUUGGAAGUAAUAUAUUUUAUUAUUUAGAAUAUAAAUUUAUUGUUCAUCUUUAUAAAGAUAGAGUUAUUAAAAUAUAUUACAUAAAUAAUUCUAUCAUCUAAUUACAAAAUAGAUUAAUCUUUCUUUUAGACAAUCAACAUUUAUAACAAUUCUUUACAGAUGAAAUUGUUGAGUCUAUACUUGAUAUUAUUUCAACAAGUAUCCAUAAUUAAAAUAAUAGUGAAGAAUGAUCUAUUUAUUAAAUAAUAUAGAGAGGAUACUUAAUUAGAAUAGGAUUUCAUUACAUUUUUAAAAUAAAAAGAAUAUGGUUUAUGGAAUAAAGAUUAAUUUUGUUUUUCUCCAAAAGGAAUUAGAAUUCUGUAAAUUAAUAAUAAAUUAUUUUAGAUUAUGUUGGAUUGAAAAACGAGUUUCAUCAUAAAGAUUAAAAUUAUUGAUUGGUAAUUUAUUGGAAAAAAUAGAUAAUAAUUGGAAAAAUAAAAAAUAAAAUUCUAAAAAGAAAAUAGAUAAUUCUGAAUCAAGUGAUUCUGAUAUUGAAGAAUUACCAUUAAAAUAAAAACCUUCUAUUAAAUUAAAUGUUUAAAAUUUAGAUUUAAUAAAUGAAGAAGAAAAUGAUUUUUCUGUUUAAAAAUAACCUACAAUUAAAUAGAUUCAUUCUAAUUUAGAAAGAAUAUUUUUAAUCAAAUAAACUUAAGACUAUUAUUAAGAAAUAUUAAAAUUAUAUUCUUCAAUCAAAUAAUCAGAAUUAAUAAUUUCAUUUUGGAAUUAUUAUUUAAAAUUAAUAACUAGAAUAACUUCUGAUAAUACUUAAAAAGUUGAGUAUGCCUACCAAAUUUAUUCAAAAACAAAUGAAGAUUUCAUUAAAGAAUUAAUCUUAUAGCAAAUUCAAAUUAGAUUAUCUGAAGUAAUUUAUGAUAUCAUUGACUCAAAAUUUGGAGUUAAUUUUAUGAUUAAUUUUCUAAAACCAUUUAUUGAAUAAGAUAUUAAAUAACUUCAACUCUUUUUGUAAAUUGAAAUUAAUGAAGAAACUCAAGACUUUUUGGUUUUAUUAAUACCAAAAUUAGUAUCUGCUUAAAAUGUAUUUAUUAUUAUUUAUUAUAUUAGAUUUAAAUUGUUGAAAAUAUAGAAUUCUUAUAGAAUUUUCUCAUCGCUAAUUUAUUACUUAAUAAAGAUCAAUAUAGUAAAGUUAUGGAUAAUAUAAAAUGA